AUGGUCAAUGAACAAAAAACCAAUGCCAGCCAAAAAGACCUGGACACCAAAAAAGACAAUCAGCAAAAGAAAGCCGAUGACAAUGUGAAGGACAAGGAUAACAAGAAGGAGCAAGAAGAGGAAGAGCUCUCUGAAGAGGAUCAACAGUUGAAAAAUGAGCUUGAAUUGUUGGUCGAAAGAUUAAAGGAAAGCGAUCGUCAAUUGCAUCGACCUGCAUUGGAACAACUUCGUACCUUGAUUCGCACUUCGACUAGCUCAAUGACAUCUGUGCCUAAGCCCUUAAAGUUUUUGAGUCCUCACUACUCUACGCUUAAAGAAUUGCACGCAUCGUGGCCAGAAUCAGCAGACAAGCAACUGUUUGCCGAUAUUUUAUCUGUACUGUCAAUGACGUAUGCGGAAGAAGGCCAACGCGAAAGUUUGCGAUACAGAUUCAUCGGAUCAACAGAGGAAGACAUUGGCUCAUGGGGUCACGAAUAUGUUCGACAUCUUUCUGGCGAAAUUAUGCAAGAGUACGAGACACGAGCAGAAAAGGAUGAGCCUGUUGAUAACCUGCUCAAGCUGGCAUUGGAAGUCGUGCCAUUUUUCUUGAAGCACAAUGCUGAGGCUGAUGCUGUCGAUCUUUUGCUUGAACUCGAAUCUAUUGAAGAAUUGCCGCAAUUUGUUGACAAGGAUACAUACGAACGUGUCUGCUUGUAUAUGGUUGGAUGCGUCAACCUUCUCGUUCCUCCAGAUGACAUUCGCUUCAUGAAGGCCGCACGUACCAUUUACCAGCAACAGGAGAAAUACGCACAGGCCUUGAAUUUAUCGAUUCGUAUGCGCGAUAUGGAUUUGAUCCGUGAGGACUUUGAAUCUGCCAGCGAUCCUUUGUUGAAGAAGCAAAUGGCAUUCCAACUCGCACGUCAGCAAAUUCAACUUGAGACCGAGGAUAGCGAAUUGAAUGAGUGUCUCAACAAUUCGCAGCUCUCCAAGUACUUUAUUGCUCUUGCUACUGAAUUAGACGUGCUUGAGCCCAAGACUCCUGAAGAUAUUUACAAGACACAUUUGGAGAACCACAGAAUGACAUUCAGCGCUAAUGUCGAUUCGGCUCGUAACAAUCUUUCGGCAAGCUUUGUCAAUGGUUUCGUGAACGCUGGUUUCGGAAAGGAUAAGCUUGUCGCUCCUGAUGCAGAGUCGACCAACAACUGGAUCUACAAGACCAAGGAGCAUGGUAUGAUCAGUGCUACUGCAUCUAUUGGUAUGAUCCUGUUGUGGAACCUUGAGCAAGGCUUGACUAUCGUUGACAAGUACUUGUAUUCGGAUGAUGACAACAUCAAGGCUGGUGCUCUAUUGGCCAUGGGUAUCCUCAACUCUGGUGUUCGUGAAGAGACGGAUCCUGCCAUGGCUUUGUUGACAGAAUCUAUCGAAAGCGGUAGCGUCACCAUUAAGCAAUCUGCCAUCUUUGGUCUUGGUCUCGCCUACGCUGGAUCUGCACGUGAAGAAAUCUCGGAUUUGCUACUACCAAUUGUCAGCGAUACCGCCUUAUCCAUGGAGUUGUCGUCCCUGGCAGCUCUUGCUUUGGGUAUGGUGUUCGUCGGCACCUGUGACGGUGACAUUACCAGCACUAUUCUCCAGACAAUGAUGGAACGUGAAGAUUCAUACCUCAAGGAGACUUGGUCUAGAUUUAUGGCAUUAGGCUUGGGUCUCUUGUACCUCGGCCGCCAGGACGCAUCGGAUGCAACCAUCGAAACAUUGAAAGCUAUCGAACAUCCGUUGGGCAAACAAGCAGAAGUUUUGGUUGAAGUGUUGUCGUAUGCUGGUACUGGCAACGUAUUGAAGGUUCAAAAGAUGCUUCACAUCUGCAAUGACCAUAUCGACAAAGAAAAGGAGGACGAUCAGCACCAAGCAUUUGCUACAAUCGGUAUUGCACUGAUUGCCUUGGGCGAUGAUAUUGGUUCUGAAAUGUCGCUUCGUACGUUCAAUCACUUGAUGCACUAUGGUGAACCUGUAAUCCGCAAGACAGUGCCUUUGGCACUAGGCUUACUGUGCGCAUCCAAUCCAGUCGUAAAUGUUCUCGAUACGCUCAGCAAAUACUCGCACGACAAUGACAACGACGUGGCCAUCAGCGCCAUUUUCGCCAUGGGUCUCGUGGGUGCAGGAACCAACAAUGCCCGUCUGGCACAAAUGUUGCGACAGUUGGCAAGCUUCUAUCACAAGGACGCAACCAGCUUAUUCAUGGUGCGCAUUGCUCAAGGUCUGCUACACAUGGCCAAGGGCACGAUGGCCUUAAAUCCUUUCCAUACCGACCGAUCGAUCAUGUCACCUGUGGCUGUUGCAGGUUUGAUGUGCAGCAUCAUUACCAUGACCGACUACAAAUACUUCAUCUUUGGUAGAUUCCACUACUUGCUCUAUUCCCUCGUCACUGCAAUGUAUCCACGAUUCUUGAUCACAUUCGACGAAAAUCUGGAAAGCUUACCAGUAACAGUCCGUGUUGGUCAGGCCGUUGAUGUUGUCGGUCAAGCUGGUCGGCCAAAGACCAUUACUGGUUUCCAGACACAUUCCACGCCUGUUCUCCUUGCGCACUCUGAGCGCGCAGAGCUUGCUACAGAAGAAUACAUAUCAAUGGCACCUGUUCUUGAGGGAAUAGUACUGUUAAAAAAGAACCCACUUGCGAUGAUGGAGGAGUAA